AUGCGCAAUCUCAUUACCGCCUCGACCACCUUUUUCCUGCUGCUGCUACUAUUCAACACGUCCGCUCCACCCGUGCUUGCAACUACAGAGUGUCCCCAGGAUUCAAGCUACCCCAUUAAGGCCACGCUCGAUGACGGGAAGCUAUUCAGCACUUGCGCCGAAAAAUCUGCGGGCGUUCGAAUUGACGUUCGCUCGCUCUUCGACUGCGACAUGUCCGGGAAAGCCCGCAUCCAUUUCAUUCCGCAUUUCGCCUCGCAAGCCACAGGUCAAACCAAGGAGACGCUCAAGCCAAGUAUGAACUGGAUGACGAGCGGCAAGCACCGCGCGCUGUACUCGCAGCGUGGGCGACGCCGACAGAUGCAUUUUCCGUCCCAAGUCCAACGUCAGCGCGUCACGCCCACGAGUCCUUCACGUAGCUCCCAGUCUAGAGCAGGGGACUCGACGAGGCCCUGGUACAUUGUGUCUAUCGGAGACGACGACGAGUCUCAAGAUAUCCGCGUCCUAGAACUGGAGCGUAAAGGAGCCAUGUGCACCGCUGGUAUUCAAGCCGAGGGGGCAGCUGGAGAGCCGGCAUAUGGUAGUGAUAGUAAAUACAUUGAGCUACGGUCGAUUUCGAGUCAGAAGAGAGGCCGCGAACAAGAAGUGAACGCUCAGGAAGAGAGAAUGAUGGACAAGAGCUACCACACAAGAGCAGAACUCAACACGCAAAGCAGGAUAUUGCUGAGUCAGUCCAUCCAGACACACGACUUUCUCAGCGGAUUUGUGACGAUGGGGGUGAAGAUGAGCUACAGUCACAACGGAAAAUUCGAGGCUCAGCAGCACUCACCAGAUAGCGACAACACUGGCGUUCUUGGUCACGAAGCGUCUACUACCAGCAGGAACACUGCCUCGUUCGGAAACGCCAACGAGCCGUACGACGGGGGUAGCCUGUAA